AUGCGACGAAUCUCCCGUGGCACAGGGAGACACUGUGACGGUUACGAUCUGCCCCAAGUCUCUCAUAAGCCCUUCUUCGCUACAAAGACUGGUAUUCCUCAGCUCACAGCGCCUGGCAUUCUGGCUGCUUUAACCUCAGAGGAGCGACGCGGCUUCAGCUUCUUCCAGCAUUGCACCGUCCCCACUCUGGCCGGAUUUCAUGACUCGGUUCUCUGGGAGAUAUUGAGCUUGCAGAUCGGUCAUGCUGAUUCGGCUGUCUGCCACGCUUCCAUUGCGCUCAGCGCUGUGCACUGCGGCGUCCAAUCGCGCCAGAGAGAAAGCUUAAUACCCAGGGCCAAAACCGAGAGCCGGCGCUGGCAACAGUUCGCUUUUGAGCAGAUGGGUCGGACGUUCCAGCAACUUCGGCGGCGACACGCAUCCCAGGAUCCACAGUACACCGUCACAGUACUUUUAUGCUGCCUUCUUUUCGUGGCAGCAGAAUUUACCCUAGGGCACUACGACAACGCCUUCCGACACCUGUGGAGUGGCCUCAGAAUUCUGCGAGACCAACAAAUUAAAGCUGGCUGCUUUGGAUCUGAAGGACCAAUCCUGGUCAUAGACGAUGAUGAUGAUGCCACACUCUACUCUGACAUGUAUCCGCACAACAACGUCAAGAAUGGCCGCUGGACUGUUACAGAAGUCCGUCAGAUCAUGGAACCGCUCGCCGGCGCUGUUCUUCGGUUCUGUCGACGGCAGGCUAUCACGGGCUAUGACGAGUCUGAGUCAGCAGUCAGUGAGCAAACUUGCAUUAUCCAUCGAUUAAGCUUAUUCCUGAUGUUCGUGACCAAUCUCAACGAUCAACCGGGCCGGGUGCUCACCGCCAAAGAAAACCGAGGCUUGAAGCUUCUCCAACUUGAAGCGCACGCGCUUAGGAACGCGAUUCUCAGCCUUCCGGUAUCGACUCGAACGCCGGAGUUCCAUGAGUUCACAGAUGACUUCGAGAUAAUGCUGGCUCUCGCCGCAGAAAUUCAGCAGUGCGAGAAGGAUUCCUCAGAUCUCCCACAAAUUAGCCUGGACAUCGGCGUUAUCCCAUCGCUAUAUGCUAUCGCGAAGCGCACCGUUGAUCCCGAGCAGCGGUGGCGAGCGAUCCGAUUGCUGCAGUCUUACCCUCACCAAGAAGGUCCGUGGAAUGCGAGUCUGCUGUCUCGGACUCUCAUUGAAUCACUUCCCGCAGAAUUGUCAUUUGCUGCCAAGGGUGCAGAGGACGCGACGAGAACAGUGGUCGCCGAGGUCCUGACAGCCACAAACGCAGCGACAGCUACCAGCUAUGACUAUAUCAUUGUCGGUGGCGGCACGGCGGGCCUAACGGUCGCCAACCGCUUGUCGGAAGAUCUAGCCGUCUACGUCCUCAUUAUCGACUCGAGAUAA